CAAGCUAACAUCAAUCGGUUGUGCUACACUUGGAUUUAUCGUAGGAUCCACCAAGGGCAAGAACAGCUUGAGUUACCCAUUGUCAACUCAUGCUUUUCAUUCUGCACUGAUGCAAGUAGCGUCGAUGAUAGCACAGAGUGCGCUGGCAUGGGUUGCUGCCAGACCCCCCUUCCAGCAAAUAUCAGCUCCUUCAACACCACAUCCGCGCCAGUACCAACUAUAUACAAUGCUACCAUCCAGUCUUUCAGUCCAUGCAGCUACUCAUUCGUCGCUGAGGUGGACUUGUUCAAGUUUGAUCGUUCAUAUGUCAGCUCUACAAAUUUCACAAGUAAAUAUAUAGAUGGGGUUCCUUUGGUACUCGAUUGGGUUGUUGGUAAUGGAAGUUGUUCCACCAAUAUGGGAUCACAAUAUGCGUGCCAAGCCAUGAACAGUGAAUGUGUUGAUGUGUCCAAUGGCCCGGGUUACCGCUGCAACUGCUCUCAGGGUUAUGAGGGCAAUCCAUACCUACAAGGAGGUUGCCAAGACAUCAAUGAGUGCGAACCUCCAGACCAGCCCUUGUAUCCUUGCAAAGGUAAAUGCAUAAACACUGAGGGAAACUACACAUGUUUGUGCCCAUCAGGAUUCAGGAGCGACGAUCCAAAGAACAUACCCUGCGUUCGAGCUGACACAAAGAGAUCUCUGAAUAUUGUGCUAGGCAUAUCCUUCAGUGUUGUCUUCCUCAUGGUUUGUAUCUUCGCUCUACGGGCCGAGUAUCAGAAAAGGAAGUUGAAGAAAGAGAAGGAAAGAUUCUUUGAUCAGAAUGGUGGUCAGAUAUUAUAUCAUCAAAUUAUGUCAAAACAAGUUGAUACUUUGAGGAUAUUCACACAAGAAGACCUUAAGAAGGCUACGAAUGAUUUUGACGAGAGCAGAGAACUGGGCAGGGGUGGUCAUGGCACUGUCUACAAGGGCAUGCUCAAGGACAGCAGGGUAGUAGCUGUGAAGCGCUCGAAGGUCAUGAACGUGGCAGAAACUGACGAAUUCGUGCAGGAGAUUAUUAUACUUUCACAGACCAACCACCGUAAUGUAGUCAGGCUUCUAGGGUGCUGCUUAGAGGUGGAAGUUCCAAUCCUGGUCUAUGAAUUCAUCCCGAGUGGCACUCUCUUUGAGUUCAUCCAUCGUAACUACACAAGUCCACCUCCCUCUCUGGACACCCGUCUCAGGGUCGCUCAAGAAUCAGCAGAAGCACUUGCAUAUCUGCAUCUGUCCAUGAACCUCCCUAUAGUCCAUGGGGAUGUCAAGUCUAUGAACAUUCUCUUGGACGAAAACUACAUGGCGAAAGUGACCGACUUUGGGGCGUCAAGGAUGCUCCCCAAGGAUGAGGUUCAGUUCAUGACAUUGGUGCAGGGCACCAUGGGUUACCUGGACCCUGAGUACUUGCAGGAGAGGCAACUCACGGAGAAGAGCGACGUUUACAGCUUUGGCGUUGUGCUGCUGGAGUUGAUCACGGGCAAGACAGCCAUCUACCACGACGGCCCCAAGGAAGGCAAGAGCCUUGCGUCGUCCUUCCUGCUCGCGAUGAAGGAUGGAAGCCUUGAUGCCAUCCUGGAUGCAAGCAUAGUUAGCGCCGGGAUGGAGAUGCUGCUGGGAGAAGUCGCCGAGCUGGCGAGGAUGUGCUUGAGCGCCAGGGGUGAAGAGAGACCUUCCAUGACCGAAGUGGCUGACAAGCUGAAGGCUCUGCGAAGCACCUGGAGGGCGAAACUCGUGCUUGAGAACGGCAAAACAGAGCGUCUGGUCAUGUGCUCCUCACCUGUAGCUUCAGCGCUUCAUGAUCCUCCAUCGACGAGCACGGUCUCGACUGGGCCUCACAUGUCUGGAAUAAGUAUAGAAACACCCAGGUGAUAGUUUCAGUUAUUAUUAUAAUAUAUGCAGAGGUAGUAUUGCCAAGUGUGUGUGUGUGUACGUGUCACGCCUGGAGCUUCAAAUGUACUAUCAGUAUUUGUCAUGUAUUUGCGGUAUCAAGUAUUAUGUAGAAGUUGGAAUUUGUUAUUACAAUAUUUAUGUCCUAGUUUUGGCCAUGUUGGUUAUGGAGUAUUUGACAUUCAUCAUCUUU